AUGGCUGCUGCCCUCUGGCUGCUGCUAGUGGGCGUGGCCUGUGCGAUGACAUCAGAGCAGGACCCCAACCGUGGGGCCGCAGCCUGGGACCUGCGCUGCUGGGUGCACGACUUGCAGCUGAUGACGUGUCGCUGGAGGCGGGGCCCCGAGGCGCCGGAGGACGUGAGCUACCGGAUGUACUGGCGGGACUCCAAGGAAAGUCCUGACAAGGACCUGGAGUGCCCGCACUAUGACGUCCGCGUGGGCGGGGCUAACCUGGGCUGCGUCCUGGACAAUGUCCCGGUGCUGGGGAGUCUCAUGGUGGUGACGGUGAAGGGCAACAGCAGCGCGGGCCCCGUGUCCUGCACCGACGCCGCCUUCGACCUGCAGUUCGUCGAGAUCCUGACCCCGCCCACGCUGAAGGCAGCGUGUAACAGCUCUAAGGCACACGUGAGCUGGGAAAUGAACAGCCGGUUCUCUAAGAAUUUCGAGUACAUGCUGCAGAUCAACCAAAGCUCACAACAGGAGCCACAGCACCAGGAGAUCCAGUACUCACCUGUCUGGGUCGUGAACCCAGGCACAGUCAGCUUCCGGGUCAGUGCUAAGUUGCCAGGGAGUAAUAACUACAGCGCCUGGAGCAACACCCAGAGGCUGGAGUGCGAUCCUGUGGCGACCCAGGUGACACUGCUGUUGCUGCUGCUGGCAGGCGCCGGGGCGGUUCUGACAGCCUUGGCCAUGUUGCUGCUGUGCUGGAGGAAGUCAGUGCUGGCCCGCCUGUUCCCACCCAUCCCGCGCAUGCGGGUCCGCCUGGAGGCGGGGCCGGGAGAAAUGGUUGCGUGGGCAGAGACAGAGGACUGUGAAGUGACACGCGUGACAGACGCCUGAGCCCUGCCACUCAAUAAACUGCUGCGGG